AUGCAACCGGUGCUCUUUCAAACCGUCAACGGAGCUCGCGUGUCGGGGCGCAUUCUGCGUGUGCGCGACACGGACUGCGACAUCCAACACGACAGCGACAACGAGCAUCUCUCCGAGCACGUGCCCCACGCCGCCAUCUCGGCCAAGCGGUGGUGGCACAAUGUGCGUCAGCCGUCGACGCGCUUUGCGAUUCAAACCAAAGUCCGCUACACGGACGCCAAAGGGCGACUCCACAUCGGCGUUGUCUGCAAGCGACGCGCCAACAACACGUACGACAUCCAACACGACAGCGACACGGAGACGACCGCCACCCGCAUUGACGCUGCCGAGAUGCAGCGCGUCUCGACGGCCUCGCUGUGGCUCGCCACCUUGCAGCAGUGGUGCAGUGGCACGAUCGCAGUCGGCGCCCACGUUGAAGUGCGUCUCGGCAAGGUCGCACGGAAUAGCGACGACGACGAUGAGUGGACGCCUGGCAUUGUUCGAAAAGUGCGCGCGGACGGCAAGUACAUGAUUGCAUACACGGACAAAGACGAGACGUCUCAAGUCGUUAAAGUGGCCGCAACCAAUGUCCGUCGACCGCAACGCAACUGGACGGCGCUGCUUGCGAUGCGCACGGCGACAUCGUUUGAAGAAGGUACCGAUAUUGGUAUUAUCUAA